UUCACUGAGGAAAUUGAUGGCGAAUGGGUUAAUGUAAUUUCAAGGUCGUAUAAGGAGGAAUGUCUUCUUGAAAUUAAGGUUGAUUGCGUUGUGAAUGAUGUCAUGAGUUUUGAACAUGGGACGAAAGAUUUGUUUGCAAAUGUUUUUACCCCUGAGCAUCAAGGAGGGAAUGUGAAUUUAAAAUUAGGCUUAGGCCAUUCUUUUUCUGCUCUUCUUUCACAAAUGAAAAAGGUGGAAUCUACUAAGGCGGUGGGUUUUUCCGGUGAGAAUGAUUUUAUAAACUUUGAUACAACAGCUUUGAUAGCUGUUGUGUCAGGAAUCAGCAAUGGUUGUGCAGAGGAACUUUUGAAUAAACCACAGGUUGAACUGCAACAUCGGUUCAAGGGAAAUUAUGAGUUUGUGAUUGCCCAGGCAAUGUCUGAAAUUCUGAACCCAAUACAUGCCGACCUGAGUGCUGCUGUAUCCGGAAAGAUAGGCAUAAUAUGUGAAAGUGUUCUUUCCGAGUUCAAGGAGCUAAUAUUGAUGUGUGGAGGAGCUAAUGAGAAGCACAGAGCUGAUCAGCUACUGAAAUGGCUCCUGGUUGUGCGAGAUAGCCCCUCUGAACGACUGAUAGGCCUGCCAACGACAAGAAAGCUGGCACUGAAAAACAAGAUUGUGUUUGGAACUGGAGAUUACUGGCAUGCUCCGACUUUGACUGCAAAUAUGGCAUUUGUGAGAGCAGUUGCACAGACCGGGAUGUCUUUAUUUACUAUUGAGCAUCGACCACGGGCUUUAACUGGAAUGGACUUGGAAGUUUCUUUAUGCUAAUUGAACCGCUUUGCUAGGUUUGAGAUUUCGUCAAUGGUCCACAAUUUGGCUGGACGUUACGUGUUUAAAUUUAGGUAAUUUAUUGUAUUUUUGUUGAAUAUUUACUGUUUGUACUUUCUGGGUACGUUCACAGUAAUAAUAAUAAUAAUACUAAUGAACACUGGGUGAUUAAUAUUAUAAAACACUGCGAUGAAAAUAAAAA